CGCGGCGGCGGCACUGCUGCUCCUUGGUCCUCACCUGCAGUCCUGCGGUUGAUCGCACCCGGAGCACCGUGGAACAUCCGCCCCCACGCCCGCAGACUCCUCCAAACGCGUCCUUCUUCCUCGCUCCUCCCCGCGCUGAUUAAAUGCCCGCUGGGCUCCUCAGUCAGCUGCUGUUGAACGCAGUCAUGACAGAGGAGCAGUGAAGUCGGACCUCCUGACUCUUUAAUUUAUCUUAUUUUUAAUUUUGUUUUAGUCUUUCGGGCAUACAGGAAGAUUCAGCUAUGAAAACCAUACUGGCUGCAUACUCGGGAGUCCUCAAAGGCACUGGCUCCAGCAUCCUCUCCGCCCUGCAGGACCUGCCCUCAGCAUUAUGGCCUUGCACAUCCAAGAUGGAGAAGCAUCUGCAGGUCAUCUCUGUGAUGCAGUGGGUCCUCUCCUUCUUAACCUUGGGUGCUGUCUGCACUGCAUUACUGAUCUACAUCUUCUGCACUGACUGCUGGCUGAUUUCUGCCAUUUAUGUAGCCUGGCUUAUAUUUGACUGGAACACCCCAAAACAAGGUGGCAGGAGGUCCUCUUGGGUGAGGAGCUGGGCAGUGUGGACAUAUUUCCGAGACUACUUUCCAAUCAGGCUAAUUAAAACCCACGACCUGCUGCCCAGCCGAAACUACAUAUUUGGCUACCACCCCCACGGCAUCUUUUGUUUUGGUGGUUUCUGCAACUUUGGAACGGAGGCCACGGGCUUCUCCAAGAAAUUCCCCGGCAUCAAGCCUUCCCUUGCAACACUAGCGGGAAACUUUCGUCUCCCCAUCCUGCGAGACUAUCUGAUGUCUGGAGGUAUCUGUCCUGUGAACAGGAACUCCAUUGAUUACCUGUUGUCACAGAAUGGGACAGGAAAUGCUGUGGUCAUCGUUGUUGGAGGAGCGGCUGAGUCUCUGCACUGCACACCUGGCAUGAAUUCUGUCACCCUGAAGAAUCGCAAAGGAUUCAUUAGGCUAGCACUGCGGAAAGGGGCGGACCUGGUUCCGGUCUACUCCUUUGGAGAGAACGAUGCCUACAAGCAGGUGAUCUUCGACGAGGGCACUUUAUGGAGGUCUCUGCAAAAGAAGUUACAGAAGCUCUUGGGCUUUGCCCCGUGCCUUUUCUUUGGAAGCUCCUGGGGCAUUGUGCCUUUUUGCAACCCCAUCACUACUAUAGUUGGGGAGCCAAUCACAGUGCCAAAAAUUGAGGAUCCAUCUGAGGAAACGGUGAAUGUCUACCAUGCAAUGUACAUCAAGUCCCUCCAGUGCCUUUUUGACAAGUACAAGACCCGCUUUGGGCUGAAAGAGAGUGACAUCCUUCACAUCCAGUAAGAGGAGGAGGUGUCAUUGCUAAUGCUCUGAACUGUGGCAUCUUCAGACCCUUGACCUUGUCUUUGUUUCAGCCGCUUCCUCAUCAACCCUGGGUGCCUAGUUCAUCUCUGGGCUGUGAACUCUACACAUUUGCAUGUUUACUAAAGAAACCUUCGCUCACUGUGUUGUCUCACACGCCAAUGUAGUGCUUUCUCAGGAAACGGCAGGCUUAAAGACUAGUGGCCUUUCCCUGCUGCUCUUGUCUGUUUACCCCCAGUGCCACAUCAGAAAGUAUGCUCCUUUUUUUGUUUUUUUGUUUUUGUUUUUGUUUUCAAACUUCAAAGCUGUGUCACAUUUUAACUGUGUCUUCAUGGCAGAGGUUGCAAAGCUCCACUAGAUGGAGCUGGAAAGUAACAGGCAGGACUUCUUCCUAGGCUCUUUACAAUUCUAUUACAUGCUGAAUGCACAAACAAUGCAAAUGGAAGGUACCGCUUUAUUACUGGGUAGUGCCCAAAGAUUAAUUGAGCCAAAGACGUGAGCUGUCCCCACACAUGCAAUGAUUCCUGCUGUGCAACAGCUCAAAGUGAAGGAAUUCUACAAGUUGGAUUUAUAUGGUGAAUGCACAAUACACGUGACUGUACAAAAGCCUUAAAGUAUUAUUAAUUCUACAGCAAGGAGAUGCGUAUUUUAGCACUUUUGUCUCAACAAAUAUUUCUGGUGCACUCUUGAUAGUUCAGAUUACCAUCUGAAAUUUUAGUCUCAAAGAUGUCUUUGCUAGGAGACCCCCCCCCCCCCCCCAAGACAGU